AUGGCGUCGAUGAGGGACAGUGACACCGGCCUGUGGCUCCACAACAAACUAGGAUCGACCGACGAACUGUGGGCGCCUUCUAGCAUCGCCUCGCUGCUGACCGUUUCUGUCAUCGACAACAUACGCCUGUGUUUUUCGAGUUUGUCGCCGCCCGUGAAGCUGAAACUCCUGCUCGGGAUGCUGCAUCUUCCGAGGCGGACGGUGGAUGAGAUGAAGGAGGCCCUCUCGGAGAUCAUCCAGCUGGCCACGUUGGACUCUGAGCCCUGGGUCCUCAUGGUAGCCGACAUCCUCAAAUCCUUCCCCGAGACAGGCUCCCUCAACCUGGACCUGGAGGAGCAGAAUCCCAACGUGCAGGACAUCCUGGGGGAACUGCGUGAGAAAGUGAGCGAGUGCGAGGCGUCGGCCAUGCUGCCACUCGAGUGCCAGUACCUGAACAAGAACGCCCUGACCACGCUGGUGGGGCCGCUCACGCCCCCCGUCAAGCACUUCCAGCUGAAGAGGAAGCCCAAGAGCGCCACCCUGAGGGCAGAGCUGCUGCAGAAAUCCACAGAGACGGCACAGCAGCUGAAGAAGACAGCGGGGGUGCCUUUCCACGCCAAAGGGAGGGGUCUGGUCAAGAAAAUCGACACAACAACGCCCCUCAAGGGGAUCCCGAAAGCCCCGUUCCGAAGCCCCACCACCCCCAGCAUGUUCAGCCCCCCCAGCAACAGAACACCCAUCGCCCCAGCGCGGACGCCCAUGCGCAAGGAAAGGGGGGUCAAGCUGUUGGAUAUCUCUGAGCUGGACAUGGUGGGGGGUGGAAGGGAAGCCAAGAGGAGGAGAAAGACUCUGGACACAGAGGCGGGGGAGAAAGCUGCCAAAGAGGAAGCGGUGGUGGAGAACGCCACGCCCGACUAUGCUGCCGGCUUGGUGUCCACACAGAAACUGGGGUCACUGAACAGCGAGAGCGCGCUGCCGUCUACGAGUUACCUGCCCGCCACUCCCAGCAUGGUGCCCUCAUCCUCCUACAUUCCCAGCUCAGAGACGCAGCCUGCAAAUGCUGGGGGUUUGGGGCGGGAGGCGCUACAGGCCAGCCGGCAGCCUGAGGAGUCUGCAGCCCCCAGCACCACGCUGCCCGGACAGUUCAAACAGAGGACGCCCAUGUACAACAGCAGCAACACCAGCCCCACCGCCCCCACCUCGCCAACCACGCCCACCAGCACCCCGGCCAACAACGCCCCGCCCACCGCCGCCACGGCGACGCAGCAGGAGACGUCCACGCAGCCCCCUCCCUCCCAGCCCACACCUACACCCGUGCCACAGCAACCAGCGCCCAAAAAGAACCUCUCCCUCACGAGAGAACAGAUGUACGCUGCACAGGAAAUGUUUAAGACGGCAAACAAGGUCACCCGACCGGAGAAGGCUCUUAUCCUUGGCUUCAUGGCCGGAUCGCGAGAGAACCCGUGCCCGGAGCAGGGUGACAUCAUCCAGAUCAAGCUGAGCGAGCACACGGAGGUCCUGCCCAAAGCUGACGGGACGGGCAGCACCACCAUGCUUGUGGACACCGUGUUUGAGAUGAACUAUUCCACAGGCCAAUGGACUCGCCUCAAGAAGUACAAGCCAAUCACCAACGUCUCAUGAGAGGGCUGGGGAGAGAGAGAGGGGGCUGGGUCGGGUCAGGUUUGGGGUGGGCAUGGGGGGACACGCGCGGGGGGGGCUGCCAGAACCCUCUUUAAAAAACAAAAAAACAAGAAAAAAAAAACAUAUGGGCCAAAUCCAGCUUGUGAAGUUGGGGUGAGGGUUGAGUUAGCAGUAGAGAUGGGGGGGUGAUGGAGGAGGGGGGCAAGGCCUUCAUGGGAUGUUUAAAUCUCAAGAGGGCCAAAGCCACUCCCCCCUCUCUCUGUUCAUGAAUCGCCAACUGGCAGGGACCUCUUAGAACUCCUUUUUUUCAGUUGUUUUUGUUUUUAAAGCCCAUUGAGAUCCCUUCAGAUUCCUGAAUGUUUAGGAGGGGUUAGAGGAAAAUGUUGAUUGGCAUCUUUGAUUGGCACCUGUCAGAGUUAUGCUUUGCAGAGGUUGGCUACAGUUUGUCAAAAACAUCUGUGUGCUUCAUUGUGAGAAAACGAGAACACGUUCAGAACACAAUACAGCUUCUCCCGAUUCAAAUAAACACACACACACACAUACGC